AUGAAGUCCAUUCUCUCUCUCUCAUCUGUUCUGUUGAUUCUAGAACUCUGCUCAGCUCACUUCACACUUCCUCAAUCUGUGCGUCUCCGUGGUGGAGGUCUGCCAGCCACAUACAAGGCCGUCCAGUUCCACCUGCACUGGGGAGAGAACGGCAGCCAGGGCUCAGAGCACUCUGUGGACGGGGAGCGAUAUCCCAUGGAGCUCCAUAUUGUUCACAUUAAAGAAAAGUAUGGCAGCUUGGGAGAGGCUCUAAAUGACUCCACAGGGGUGGCAGCACUUGGCUUCUUUUUUGAGGUGACUUCUGGGCAAAACAAACAGUUGGACAGAGUCAUAGAAGCUUUAGGAAAAGUCCGAUAUGAAGGAAACAGCUGUGAAAUUGAAGAUUUUAGACUGACUGACAUCAUCCCUCAAGCCAAUAAACUGAACUACUAUCGGUACUCGGGUUCCUUGACCACACCAGGCUGUGACCAGGCCGUUGUGUGGACGGUCUUCCAACAGAGUCUGCCCAUAAGCAAAAAUCAGCUGAUGUCAGUGGAUAAACAGCUGUUAUUCGGAACAGAAAAACCAAUGACUGGAAUAUUCCGUCCUGUGCAGAAUCUGAAUGGACGAGUUGUGUACACAUCAGUGCCAGCUCACAGUCUGUGUGUCCUGCCCAAUCUAAUCACCCUGUUUCUGUGCCUCUUUUGUGUUUUUGGACAACAAAGGUGUUUUAAUUGAAUGGUAAAGAACGCGUCUCUUUUAACACAGGAUGUUCUGUAUCGAACUUCCAGAAACAAAGUACAGCUAAUCAAUCUUCUGAGCACUGAACUGAAGGUACUGGGAUGGAUCUCUGUGCUAAAGCGGUGAAACUUGACAAUGGAGAAAACAUUUCUUAGUUAUUUUCUGUGUUCACAACUAUUAAUUGUCUCACUGGUACCUCUUUUCAUGUCUUGGGAUAUUGUCCUUCAGUUGUGGCAGCUUUAUCUGGCUUUGAUUAUUUCAGGAUUCCCAUCUGUUUUCC